UCUGCUUUGCGGCGUAGUUCAAAUUAAAGCACGCUAUGUCCUUGGUGGCUUUCAACUCGUGUGUAUGUGAUUAAUCAUCGGGGCAUAAUCAGGCACUUUUCAUAUUUUGUAUGCACUCCGCUCAUGUUUCCCGAACAAGUUCACCACGAUUCUUAGUGCUCCGCCGACGGAGGGAACCGCAAGCAGCCGUCAUGCUUCGUGUUGUGCAACUAACGGUGUUUCACCUCAAGAGCUUUGUUUGGAUACAUCUGGUUGCGGCGGUCUAUUUUCUAUGGGAAGUGGCGCUCAGAGCAAAAGGAUGGUUCAUUCCGAACGCGCAGUUAACCUAUUUCCCCGUAAAGAAUGCAACUGCGGUCAUCACAGGUGGAUCGAAGGGGUUAGGUUUCGAAACGACUCAAAGUUUGCUCGCUUUGGGUGUCCGGGUGAUUGUUGGUAGCUCUUCAGCUAAACGAGCUGCAAUGGCUAAGCAAUGUAUGCUAGAGAAGCACCCAAACGGCCAAGUGGAGUUUCUGCCACUAGACCUCAGAUGCAUGUCGUCCGUGAAGUCCUUUGCCAAGGAGGUUAUCGCUCGCAGUGCCGCAGUAGACCUGCUCAUCUGUAAUGCCGGGGUCAUGAUGGUUCCGUACUCUCAAACCGAAGACGGGUUUGAGUCGCACCUCAGCGUGAACUACCUCGGCCACUGCCUCCUGACUGCCCUGCUGCUUCCUCGACUCGCGUCGGCGGGAACCACCCGCAAGACAGCGAGGAUAAUCAACGUCACUUCCUGCGUCCACAAGGCUGCCAGCAUCAGCUUUGACGAUCUCCACAGCAAGCGGUGGUACUCUCCGUACCAUGGCUACGCACAGUCCAAGCUUGCUCAGGUGAUGUUCACAGAGUCGCUGUCCAGGCAUCUGCGCGCUGCGGGUCUCCCGGUGUCGGUCAACUGCGUCCACCCGGGGAUUGUGGACACCGACCUUUACCAGAUGGUCUCCUGGUCACCCCUCGUGUCUGGACUCUUUUUUCGGACACCCACGGAGGGAGCCGAGACAACUCUUUACGCCGCGCUGUCUCCGGCGAUGGAAGGGGUCAGCGGCUGCUACCUGGAAGACUGCGCCUUGGCCAGUCCGUCUUGCGAGGCGAGGGAUCGGGCAUUGCAGGAUCGGCUUUGGGAAGUGACGUGGGCUUGCCUACGGCCUUGGCUCGCCGAAACGACGUCAUCACUCUUCACCGGGCCGUCGCAGCCUUCCUGAAAGUGACUAUGCUGGAACUUUAAACUUGUUGGCCACAGACUCAAGGUGCUGGACAACAUUCCACAAACAUCGGGAACAACACCGUUGGUGGAACCUGAGGAAGGUGGGACUUGGUUUACUUGAACUCUGUUUUCUUUCUUCUCGGUUGGCUAACUCUGCUCAAAACAACUGUGAUACAAUUGUUUCAAGUGCAAUUCUUUAAGGGGGCGAGGCUGCUCGACGGUGUGGUUUUGUAGUGUCAGCAACCUAAAUAUUGCGAGCCUCAUAGUUACAAAUGAAACCUUGCAACACCUUUUUAAUUUCUUCCAGUGGGGUGGGGGAGCCUAAAUAUUUUUGAAGGAACCAUGUUUGUUCGUUGUUAUGUUAUUUCCAUUUAAUCAUUUUGUUCUGUGCCAGGUAGUUGGCUAAAAUGCAUCUGUCUGGUUCUAAUUUUUGUUCCUUUAGUCUGAAUAAAGUAUUAUCACUGUUU